UCCGUCGUGUCAUGGCGCCGUGCGUGACGUCAGGGCUCGGUAACAAACAGCUCGAGCUGCUAUCCAGCAGUCUGUGAUGAAUAUCAGGCUGUGAAUUAAAAUCCAGAAGGAGGAUCUCAGAGGAAUAACAAGCAGUUCAGGAUGGCAGACUCAGGAGGCCACGGUGGUCAGCGGGCUCCGGCCCCUGGAGGCAGCGGCAGCGUAGGACCGCUGAUGGGUCGUCGACCGCCAGCGGGCAUCUCUCCGGGCCGUCUUCCAGCCGUGCGAUCCAGAGACCUGACACUAGGAGGAGUAAAGAAGAAAAUCUUUACCCCCAACAUCAUUGGCCGAAAAGUCAAAGAAGAACCAAAGGUCGAAGGUGGGCCGAGGCGAGAGCAGAGGGGCACUGAGCGAGGUCGAGGCCCAAGAGAGAGGGGCAGGGGCCGCGGGCGUAGCGAGGUCAUCCAGUCUCACUCCAUCUUUGAGCAGGGGCCUGCAGAGAUGAUGAUGAAAAGAAGAGGAGGCUACGAGAGUGAAAGAGAUGCACCGAGCAUGGGACCCUCACCCAUCAUCAACAUUAAGAAGGAGAAGAGGGAGACUGAGGAGGAAACCAAAGAGAUUCUGCGCAAACUUGAGCGAGAAAACUUCAUAGACGACCCUUUCCUGAGGAGUGAGCAGAAGAGCUGCCCUGUCCAGCUUCCCUUGGCUGUGUCAGGGUGGGGAUUCAAGGAAGAAUUCAACAGUGCUGCUGUUAAAAUAGAAAAGACAGACCUGGAUGAAGCCACGGACCCUUCAGUUGAAGUGAAACAAGAGCCAGAGGAAGUGGAGAUAAAACAGGCUGAAGCCACUUUCAGGCCUCCUCCUCUCCCUGAGCCUGAAGUUCUUCCUGACCUGCUGCACAAAUGGAGUCUGAGCAAAGGGGAGGAGCUGUUCUUCAUCCAGCUGCCCGACUCGCUGCCCGGCCAGCCGCCCACCAAGGAGCACAAGCCGAUAAAAACCGAGGUUCAGUCGGAGGACGGUCAGUCCGUGCUUCUGAAGACAGAGUCACAGGAAGAGGUAGCCGAUGACAACAGCUGCAACUUGAAAGAUCUGAGGGAGGGUGUUGUUGGAAAGAUGCUGGUGCGAAAGUCUGGCCGGGUGCAGCUCAUCCUGGGACAAGUGACCCUCGACGUGUCUCUAGGGACAACGUGCUCUUUCCUACAGGAGCUGGUUUCUGUUCAAGCAGCCGAAAGAUCUGGAAACCUGACAGUAUUGGGGAACAUCAGACACAAAAUGGUCUGCUCUCCUGACUUUGAGAGUCUGCUGGAGAACAGGACAUGAUAGUUGUUCAGCCAGAGGGGCUCUGAGCUGCCUCUGACACAUUAGAUAUAUUUAAUAAGAAACUUAAACUUAUGUCUGAAUAAAUUAUGCAGCCGACCAAUUUGCCUUUUAGUUUUUUCAAAGUUGCUAUAAUUACAUAGAUAUACAUGGACUGUGAAUAUUUUAGAUUUAUUGCUCAUAAUGGACAUAAUGUUUGGUGGUUAUAGGCUUGAGUGCCAAGUUUUGUUGCUCUUUACCUGACAAUGAUGUACAUGGUUAUAAAUAUGUUAAUAAAAAAAAAAGUAUUAUUGCUAUAUCAGAUCAAUUACGGAUUACUGAAAUUACAGAAAUAUUUUCAGAAUACUUGUUUUUUUCAAUCUUUUUUUAUUAUUAGCUAUUUUUAUUUCUGUUAAACAAUUCCAUUCAUGUUCUGAAGAGAAAAAAACAAUUCUAGUUUUAAAAAAAAGGCUUUGCCUUGUGGAACAAUGUCCUGCUGCUCUAAAAAUAGGAAAUACACUCA